CGAGCCGUAGCAGGAAUUUAGUACGGAAACUUCUCAUUGGACGCUCAAACCGAGAGCCCGCCUUAUUCCUCAUGAUUUGCAAUGCUAUUGGUUCACGGCCGCGCCUCCUUCACGUCGACGUCACACGGGAACGCUGCUGGAACUCCAGCAAAGUAAAAGAUGUUGUGGUUGUUCAUGUCGCCUCUCCGAGCGCCAACUCGUACGGAAGACCGCCCGUGAGAGCUCACCACGCAUGGAGCUGAGCUCGGACCGCGCGGUGGCCUCGCUGGAGAUGUCGCAGACCCAGGGUCAGGAAGACGGGGCUUUCAUAAGUGACGGGGAGAGCUACGAGAGCCUGCCACCUCAUGUCUCCGUAACGACCCACAUGACAGCGGGAGCAGUGGCAGGAGUCAUGGAGCACUCGGUGAUGUACCCCGUGGACUCUGUCAAGACAAGGAUGCAGAGCUUGCAGCCGGACCCGAAUGCUCAAUACAGGAGUGUGUAUGCAGCUCUGAAAAAGAUCAUCCAGACAGAAGGAGUCUUCAGACCGCUGAGGGGCCUCAACAUCACUAUGAUGGGAGCGGGGCCGGCCCACGCGCUCUACUUCGCCUGCUAUGAACGGCUGAAGCACUCACUGAGUGACAUCAUUCAGAGUGGAGGCAACAGCCACAUCGCCAAUGGCGUCGCAGGAAGUGUGGCCACCGUUCUGCAUGAUGCAGUCAUGAAUCCAGCUGAAGUGAUAAAGCAGAGGAUGCAGAUGUACAACUCUCCAUAUCGAGGACUUUGGGACUGUGUUCGGACAAUAACGCAGGCCGAAGGCGUGGGCGCCUUCUACCGCAGCUACAGCACCCAGCUGACCAUGAACAUCCCCUUCCAGGCCGUUCACUUCAUCACCUACGAACUGAUGCAGGAGCAGCUCAACCCUCACAGGCACUACAACCCCGGCAGCCACAUACUGUCGGGAGCCGCAGCCGGAGCCGUGUCGGCGGCCGUGACGACCCCCCUGGACGUUUGUAAAACACUGCUCAACACGCAGGAGAACGUAGCGCUGAACUCCAUGAACAUCAGUGGCCACCUAUCGGGAAUGGCCAACGCCUUCAGGACCGUGUACCGGCUCGGCGGCCCCGCGGCCUUCUUCAAAGGGAUCCAAGCUCGGGUGAUCUACCAGAUGCCCUCCACUGCCAUCGCCUGGUCGGUGUACGAGUUCUUCAAGUACUUCCUGACCAAGCAGCAGCUGGAACAAGAGGCUGGGUCCGGGCCACUGUGAUGGAAGGCGGCGCUGCUAACGCCUCGAGUGACGGAAGACUCUGAAAGCGUGAGUCAGUGUGGUGUGACAGGUGCUGUCGAGGAAAUGGCACUAGUUAUUGCCCAGCAAGGAAGUCACCGAGUGGAGUUGAUCGACACUCCUCAUUUUUCCUUUUCAUUAUUUAGGUUUGUCUCUGAGCUGCGAUGAUGUGGCUCAGUCAUGCUAUGCAACAAAGAUGAAGAGUGGAUUAUGUUCUCCACGUCACUACCAAACUUUACCAAGUUUUCCAUGUGCGAUGAGCUCAUGAAGUUGCCUGAGCAAUUUAUUUUUUGUUUUUUUUCCUAAAUAUUGGAACUUUUUAUUUAUUUUCUUAGCACUCUUUAGCUUGUAUUUUAUGGAUGCAGAAGAAACACAGUGCUGGUUGUUUAGUUUUAUCAUGUGUUUGUGGAAACUCAUUACAACAGGUUCGUUAGAUCCACUUCCUGUGACGAUGGAACAGCAGCUUUUUCCAAGUGCCUCAUAAAUAUUAUACAGCUUCAACUUGUUUUGUUUUUUAUUUUCUCAACAUAGGAAGUAUUUCUUUAUUUGUUUUGUUACAUAUCAAAAAUGCACAAUUCUGCCAUAAAUCAAACCCUUAAAAUGCUGUCAUUUGAUAAGCUGGAUGGUAUUUUGUGUGUUUUCAAAAAUUCCUGCUGUCUUAUUGUUCGCAUCAAUCACUAAUUGCCAUUAUUUUUCACCACGAGGAAUCUUCUUUUUCUGAGUUUUAAGACUUGAAGGUCAUACCAGUCCAGUUAUUAGCCUUGGUAAAGUUCAGUACCACGUUGGUCCUAAAUCACGCACAAUUUAGAGCCUUAGCUGUUGCAGAACGUUGGCAGCUUGUCUACUGUUUAUGUACUCAAGACAUAAAUCUAUAUUUUGACCGAUUUGUACUGAAGAUCAGAAAAAGUCUGUUACUUCAGAAGAUUGAACUCUUUGUAAAUGUGCUCUUCAGAUUUUGUGAGGCCUGUUGUUUAUGUGUCAUAGCAAAUCGGAAUUUUUAGAUUUUAUAAAUAAUAUAUGUUUAUCUGAUGUUUCUCGUGCAGAUCACGUGAUUCCAAAUGUCACCUGACAAAUGAAAUGUUAGUAAAAAAAAAAAGGAGUAACACUGUUGUGCACACUUUGUUAGCCAGUUAAACAAAACAAAAAACUUGAUUAAAUCUUUUAUUUUCUCCCAUCCUGUUGUAGUUCAUCACUUCCUGUGUGCUCUCUGCUUUUUUCCAGCCCAUUGUUUUAUUUUAGAUCCAGCAGUCGGGACAUUUUGCCAGAUAUUGAUGCAAUCCAGAAAGCAGUUGGAUUUAUUUGAUUAUAAUCAGAAAGGAUGUUUUUGUUUCUUCUUCCUAAAACAAAGUGCUUCAGAUUUUAGUGCUGACACUAACCCUUCUUGCUGCUGCUGCUGUUUGCAGACGGCCAUAUAUUAACAAACCAAAGACGUGCCCUGCGUUCUGCUUUUAAUCCUAAGAGCUUACCUGCUGUGAACUCUCAUUCCUUCGCUGUGACCCCCACAGUUUCCCCUCAAAGUAGUGUUAAAUUUUUUAACUAGAAACUUGAAUUUUAUAGGUUGAGUUUUUCGACACGGCUGGUUCGAUCCCCUGUUCCAUCCUUCUCAGUCAUUAUGUUGGUUUCACUGAGAAAACAUUCCUUAAAAAACCAUGAAGAACAUUAAAAUGUCUUUAACCCUGCAUGCACGCUACAUCUUUUAAAUUUUUUAUUUCUGUAAUAUAGAAAAAGCUUUACAGUCAUAGAACAAAUGUUCAAUUCUUAUUUUGGAGGAAAUCUGUUGAUCUUUUGUAAGAAAUAUGUUGUGAACAUUUUUUAUGUUUAUGCACAAAAGAUGAAAAAUAGGAGUUGGGGUAAAUUGUUUUCUAUUUUAUUUUUUUUCUGUGUGGAGAACAGGAAUGUCUGGACGUUUGACAAUGCAAACAAUAAAUGAUUGUGAAAAUGCUGCUACAGUAUGAAACCACUGGAGCUGAAGUAAAUAAAUGAAGAUGAGGAAUGUGA